UCUCUCACACUUGGUUCAGGGUUUAGACACAGAAGCAUCAGCGAUGGCAACAAAUAUGAAUGUGGUUGUUGUGCAGCAACAACAACAGCCUCAGAAUCAGCCUGUCGUGGUGCAGCCUCAGAUUCAGCCUGUUGUGGUGCAGCCUCAGGUUCAGCCUGUUGUCAUGGUCAGGUCCGACUUGUGGAGUACAGGGCUUUGUGACUGCUUUGACGACAUGAGUGCCUGCUGCUGUGCAUUUUGGUGUUUUCCUUGUUUUGCCUGCAUGACAACUGGGGACUUCGAUGAAUUUUGUGGACUGCCUUGUUUUGACUUGUUCAGUUGUGUUCCCCUGGCCGCUUUGUCCUUAAGAUAUGGAGUGAGGAAAAAGUAUGGCAUACAGGGGAGCCUCUGCUCUGACUGUGUAUCUGUAACCUUCUGCAACGUAUGCUCAUGGUGCCAGGUGGCUCGUGAAAUAAAGAGACGCAAGACGACCUUCGUAAUGAUCAGCCCUCAACCCACCGUCAUCCAGAGUCCGGUCAUGCUCGCUAGGGCUAUGUGAUGUGAUGUGGCCGACUACAUCUCUCUUGCUUUCUUUACAGGAAAUGUUUGCCUACUCACUCUCUCUUCCUGCUCUUCCAGUUGUGACAAACGGCAUGGAUUCAAAUGACAAAGAAUCACUGUAGGCUUGGAUCUGUUGCCUUAUCAAAUCCCCCUCCUGUAUUUGCCCACUUGUGGUUACUGACAGGUAUUAUUCCAUACCACAUAAAAACGGAAGCCUAACUGAAUAUAUUG